GUAAACUGUGAGUGUUUUUUGUGUACGAUAAUUUUUUGCUAGACAAUUUUCUAUGUUUAUGUUUAAUGUUGACGGUGUACUCGCGACUCGAACUCGUACUCGUGAACUUAUUGAAUUGAAUUGAUUAACCUUAUUUCCAAUUGCAAAAUUAGUUAGUGUUGCUUAAAGAAAUAUAUACAAAAACAUAUACGUAUACAUAUACAUAAAUAUAUAAAUAUAUAGAUAUUGGACGGUAUAUACAUGUGUUUAUGUGCAAGUAUUUUUGCUAAAUUUAUUAAUAUUGAGUGUAUACACUUUUUGUGCUACGGCGAAAGGACAGACGGACAUUGAUCUACUCGUAUGUAAUAUCAAUUAUUGUAAUACCAUAAGCCACUCUUGGACCAGAAAAGUGCGACCAUUAAGCAACCGAACAAAGGGCAUAGAAACUCACUCAGAUCCUAGAGGUUGGGGUGUAUAUCCAUUGUGUGUGUUGUGUCCUGGCAACUUUUUACAUAAGCACGGAAAGUCACUGGGGGACUGCCACCUGCGGCUACUGGUGCGUCCACUCUAAGCAAGGUUCCCGUCUUUAUUUUUAUUCAACGCUCUGCGUGCUGUUUUGCGUGUCCUUGCAACGUGACAGUUGCCCCAAGGAAGCCGUCGAGACCCGCCUGAAAGUAUGCAAAGGAAUUUCACAACGCCAAGAAGAGAAAACGUAGACGUAGACGUAAAAGUAAACGUGAACGUGAACGUAAAUGUAAGCGAAGCCCGACAAUGGCCCACUUAAAAUUGGACACCCUCCACGUGGCCAGUCCCCGCAGCCCGAGGAGUGGACGCAGCCUCUCCAGUGGCAGGAGCAGUGCCUGCAGCUCUGGCAGCCUCUCGCCAGUGCCCAUCAUACCGAUCAUUUCGAUUAGUCGAGAUGGCGACGACACCGAGUCGGAGUCGGAAAUUGAAACGGAGCCGGCACGCCUCUUCCAGCGUCGCAUGUCCACCAAGCGCAACAAUAAUCUGUCUGCCAUCAUUAAAGAGGGUUUCCUGCUGAAGCACACCUGGUCCUUUCAGCGCUGGCGACGCCGCUACUUUCGACUGAAGCGAAAUAACUUAUUCUAUGCCAAGGAUGAGAAGUGCGAUGUUUUCGAUGAGAUUGACCUAUCGGACUUGUGUUAUUUUGAGUGUGGAAUCAAGAACGUAAAUCAUAGUUUUCAGAUAAUCACACCCACUCGUUCUCUGGUGCUCUGCGCCGAAUCCAGACGGGAAAUGGAGGACUGGCUGGGCUCUCUGAAGACGGCCACGGCCCCGCAGCGUCCGCGUGGCGACAGCUUUCUCAUCGAACAGCAUGACAUCCUGUCGAAUCACCAUCACUGGUAUGCCACGUCGCAUGCGCGACCCACCUACUGCAAUGUGUGCAGGGAUGCCCUAUCCGGGGUCACAUCACACGGCCUCAGCUGUGAGGUGUGCAAGUGUAAGGUGCAUAAGCGGUGUGCGGCAAAAUCGAUUGCGAACUGCAAGUGGACAACGCUGGCGAGUGUCGGAAAGGACAUCAUUGAGCAGGCCGAUGGCAUCAUUAUGCCGCAUCAGUGGAUGGAGGGGAAUCUGCCAGUGUCCGCCGUGUGUGCCGUAUGCAAGAAGACAUGCGGCUCGGUGUUGCGACUGCAGGAUUGGAGGUGCCUCUGGUGCCGGGCCACAUGCCAUGUGGCCUGUCGACCACAGAUGGCGGUGGCCUGUCCCAUUGGACCGGCCAAGCUAUCCGUGGUCCCGCCGACCAGUGUGCAUUCGAUCAGCACCGAUGAUGCCUGGGAUGUGGCCAGCCCCAGGGGCAACUUCUCGCCCCUCCUCGUCUUUGUCAACUCCAAGUCCGGCGACAAUCAGGGCGUCAAGUUCCUGCGACGCUUCAAGCAGCUUCUUAAUCCCGCUCAGGUAUUUGAUCUGAUCUCCACGGGUCCCAGUCUUGGCUUGCGACUUUUUCGUCAUUUUGAGAUGUUUCGCAUUCUGGUGUGCUCGGGCGAUGGCUCCGUGGGUUGGGUCUUAAGCGAAAUCGAUCGUUUCAACAUGCAUAAACAAUGUCAAGUGGCUGUAAUGCCGUUGGGCACUGGCAACGAUCUGGCAAGAGUUUUGGGCUGGGGCUCCAGCUGCGACGAUGACACCCACUUGCCGCAGAUUCUGGAACGCUAUGAAUCUGCCAGCACCAAAAUGCUGGAUCGCUGGAGCAUUAUGGUCUUCGAGAAGGCCAUUGCAGUCCCUAAGAUACCCAAAAUGUCGAUCACCACGGAACAGGAGGCCAUGCUCACUGGUAUGGUCACCUCGGCGAAUCACCAUCUGCGCUUCAUUGUCGAGACGAAUGAUACCCAGACGCUGAUCACUUCGACACGAAACCUUUGCGACACCGUCGACGAUCUGGUAUCCCGCAUUUCAGAGCAUCACAAGGAGGACGAACAAUUGAGCGUCAAAUGCGAUAUCCUGAAGCAAAAGUUGAAUAUGUUACUGGAUGCCCUGCAGGAGGAGGAGAUGGGUGCGCAUAGUGGUGAUGAUUUGAUAGCAACCAUAAGGAGCCUCAUAGCCCGAAGUAUACCAUCCACUCCGGGCGCCAAUCCAUCCUUACUUAACCCAAACAUAUCAAUCGAAAAGACCGAAAAGGAUCAAAUCAACUCAAAGGAACGCCGCAACAGUCGCUCCUUGCGAUCCAGUGAGAAGGAGGCGCUCCAAUGCCGUGCAAAUAGCGUGAAGCGGGCCAUCUACAAUGUGGUGGAGCAUUCGGAGCCAGGACGACCCAAGCGCUAUCAGCGUAAGCUUUCGAUCACUCCUUUUGAGGCUCUCAAGUUGCCAACAAAUACAUCUGGCGACUCCACGCCGUGUGGCUCACCAUUGCCCAUAAUACCACCUAUCAAUAUUAUAUCCCCCACAAUGGAGACCUCUCGCCUGACCUGCAUCUCUCCGUUGCCGGACACUCGCCGUGAUUCGGUGGAUGAGAGCUUCUUCAACAGCAUCAAUCUCCCAGCCCCUCGCCAAUUUGCGGACAGUCGAAGGAGCUCAGGCGUGGAUGUUAUCCAAGAGAUGGAGGAGGGACCCAAUGGGGAGACAGUCUAUCGCAUGGCGCGCAUGUCGCUUAGUGGCGGGGCCAACAUUGACGAUGCUGGCAAUCGUCUGUCGCCCAACAGCGAUGGUGGCGAAAACACGCCCACCGAUCGUAAAGUGGACUUCCUGCGAGUGCCCAUAAUAACAGGCGAGCCCCUGGUGGACCCUCUCUCUGACUAUCGUCCCGUAGAGGUAUUUGAGCGCACCUAUUACAUGACCCGGGAGAUGGACAACGCCAAAGAUAAAGAGAAGGAAAAGGAAAAGGAAAAAGAGAAGGAGAAGCUGUUGAGUCAGGAGAGCAGUAUUUUAGAUGUGGAAAAAGAGGACAACAUGCUUACAGAGAAGCAGGCACUGGUACACACUUGUAAUCUGCAGGUACCCGGCAUUGUCGUUACCCCCAACUCCCAAAAUGUAUACUCAAGCGCAAGUUUAACAAUCAUUGAUACCGAUGCACAGACCACCACUGAUCAAUCCUCUUCCGAUGAGAUGGCAGGCGAGGCCAGCGAUGUCCUGUCGGCCAUAAGCAAUGAGGAAUGCAGCGUGGCCUCGGAGAUAUUUGACAAGCAAGAUGCUGGUCAGACUUUGGGGGACAUUAUACAGAAUCUCGAUGCGAGCAACUUUACGCACAUUGAUUCACCCGAAACGAGCGAUGAAACGGAGGCCAUGCCUGGCGAGAGUAUCAUGGACGACAUCAGCUCAGUGCUGGGCCACGAUAUAACUUAUGCCCUGCAGGACACCAUAACCGAUGACACCACCACUCUCUGCUCGGAGCACGUGGGUCCCCCGAAACCGCCGCGCAAGAAGUCGCUGAGCGCCUUGACCCACACUCAAACGCAUCCAAGGAGACGCAACUCCUCGCCGCCCAGGAUGGCAAGACUCGCGCGGAUGGAUAGCGAUGACAAUCCGCAACAGUUUGGCUUCGAGAACAUUGUCUUUGAGAUAGACAAUCGAUGCGAUGAUCAGAAGAUGAGGGAACCGCCGCGCUACUGCAGUUUGGCGCAGUUCGUGGAAGGUAACGAUAUAGCGCGUCAGAGCUUCAAGCGUCCCAAAAAGCGCACUUCACUGAAAAAAUCGAAACCAACUACAACCAAUGAACAAUCCUCCAAUCAACAGCAGCUAAUGCAAGAACAACGGAGCAACGAAGGCAACAAUGCGAAUCCAGCCAACGAUAAAGAAGACACCGACACCGAUAUUGCCACAGUACAAACGCCAACGAAUGCGCCCCAAUGUGUGGUGGCGAUGCCGUCGAGCGAGGAUGAAUUGUCGCCACAAACGGCGAUUAAAAUAGAAAUACACGAUGUUGACUCUGUGACAGCUGUGCGCAAUUUGACCAGCAACAUGAAAUCGACAUCGCCCACCAAGAAAUCGGGCCAUGGACAAGAUGUAAAGCGCAUUACUUUUGAUGAGUCGUGUAAGAAAGAAUCCUUUGAUGAUGUAAAUCCCAACUAUCCACAGAUAAGUGUUGUUGUCAGACCGCCGACACCGUUGCGCGGCGACUGCAUCAAGCCCGUUGCCGUUGCCAUGUUGUCUGCCAGUUCAUCUGGUGGCUGUGGCAGUGGCGGUGGCGGUGGCUUGACCAUGGCCUGCACGGGGUUGCUCGGCGUUCGCGCCAUGAAUGCCUCAGAGAUCCGUCGGCAUUCGAGUCAUGCGCCCAGCAGUCUGGCCGUUCGUGAAUUCGACAAGGACAAAGAUCGCCGUCACUCCGGCUUCAAUCCCAAUCAAUUGGCAUUGGAUCCGGAGCAUGCGCGCUUUCUCAGCAGCUCCCCAGCCGCCAGUCGCAGGAUAAGCUGUGGCAGCCUCUUCAAGAAGAAAAACCAAAAGGUUGCCACGAAACGGGGCUAUGGAUUGUUCAGAGUUCGGUUCUUUGUGGUCGCCGAACCAGAUAUACGCCUGGCCACACUGGCGCUUAUCAGGCCACUCAUACCUCUGCCGAACGAAGCUCUGCCCAAUCUUCAGACACUCAAGGGCUCCAAAUCGAGCCUGUUCAUGGGGUCAACGUUAUUCGGCUUCGAUCACUUUGCAGCUGGCGAUAAGGACGACAAAGCUGGCAAGGACAAAGAGAAGACUCCUACCGAGGAGACUACUAGAAAGUUACCCAUCAUCAAUCCGUUGGUUCGACUUCCGAAUUGGCCAAAUCUCGCUAAUGGGGGUGGCUUCAUCUCGAAAUGUCUGCUGGCUAAUGCCGAUACUUUGUGUGCCGCCGUCAGCCCAUUGAUGGAUCCGGAUGAGACCCUCCUGGCCGGCUACCAUGAGAAGUGCGUAAUGAACAACUACUUUGGAAUUGGUAUCGAUGCCAAGAUCUCACUGGACUUCCACAACAAGCGCGAGGAGCAUCCCGAGAAAUGCCGUUCCCGUGCUCGUAAUUACAUGUGGUACGGAGUCCUUGGCUCCAAGCAGCUGCUCCAGAAGACCUGCAAGAAUCUCGAACAACGUGUGCAGCUGGAGUGCGAUGGACAAAGGAUUCCCCUUCCAGAACUGCAGGGUAUUGUUAUUUUGAACAUACCCAGCUUCAUGGGUGGCACCAAUUUCUGGGGCAACACCAAGAAGGACGACAUCUUUCUCAGCCCCAGCUUUGAUGAUCGUGUGCUCGAGGUUGUCGCUGUCUUUGGGUCUGUGCAAAUGGCCGCCUCUCGACUGAUCAAUCUGCAGCACCAUCGCAUUGCCCAGUGCCAAAGCGUGCAGAUCAACAUCCUGGGCGAUGAGGAGAUACCCAUUCAAGUUGAUGGCGAGGCAUGGCUACAGCCCCCCGGCAUGAUUCGCAUCCUGCACAAGAAUCGGGUUCAGAUGUUGUGUCGCAAUCGGAGUCUGGAGCUCUCCUUGAAGAGCUGGCAGGAGAAGCAGCGUCAGCACAGCAUCUCAAUACAGAGGGAUGCCUCAUCCACCGCUUCUGAGCACGCAGUCUCCACGGAUGAGGUGAUCUCCGAACGGGAGUGCUAUGUCCUCCUCAAUUUCAUUGAGGCCGUUAGCUCUCUGGUCAAGUGGGUCAAGUUCUUGAUCAUCUCCCAUCCCGCACUGCAACACGAUCUCUAUUGCGUUGCCUGUCGCGCCAGUGAGGCUUUGGAAAGCAUUCAUCCGCAGGGAAAACUCCUCGAGGGUCCAUCCCUUCGCACUAACUUGGUAGAGGUGAUUGAUUCCUCGCGACAGCUCUAUGACGACGCCUGUACCUUGCUCCGGGAUCGUGGACAUAGUCUAAUCCUAAGAGAAGACCUGGAGACGAAGCUGAGUGCAGCUCUGGCAAACAUGGAAAUGGAGCUAAAGAAGUGCUCUGUGCAAAAGUGCAUUGACGGCAAGCUACGGGCAUACUUUAAUGUUCUGGCGCCCAAUGAAGAGCCCGAUGGUCGCCGAAAGUCAAGACCAUUCUGGGUGCGCCUACGCUCUGGAUCGACGGCUGGACAGCAGCAGUUCAAGUCUCCCAUCAACAAUACACGCGAGGCGGCCAACAAUUGGAGUGUAAACGAGGUUGUCACUUGGUUGGAGACCAUGCAACUUUCCGAGUAUGUGGAUAGCUUCCUAAAGAACGACAUUCGCGGCAAGGAGCUCCUGACUCUGGGUCGUCGCGAUCUCAAGGAUCUGGGUGUGGUCAAAGUGGGUCAUGUAAAACGUAUACUCCAGGCCAUCAAGGACCUAAGUGAGAAUUAAAUAUUGCAAUAUAACGAAAGGUUCCUGUUGUUAAGAGAGUUAAAAAUAGUAAAGGUGUACAACCGGCUAGUACAAAGCAAAUUAGUCUUCGAAACGUGCUCUUAGAGUUGGAGAUAGAGAUGAGGUAUAUGUAUGUAAAUGGAUAUGGAUAUAGCAAAGAGUGUAUCAGUGUAUAGGGAGUGCUGACGGAGUAUAUGGGAAUGUUAAUUUUUGUAGAGGGGAAAACCAAUGCAUACAACAAUCACUAAUUUAUAGGUUAGCUUAGCUAAUGUCAUGGGUGUGCAAGCACCAGACCGACAAACGAGCGAAAUUACGAUAACGAUAAGAAGAACGAUAGACGUAAUUGAUUCCGUUUAUCGAUAUUCUUAUACAUGUUUAGGCAUAACUGAGGAACUCUUCAAACAAAAUACUUUUGGAAAAGAAUUGUAACAUUUUUUUCUGCUCUUAGAAAUGUAAGUUAUACCCCAGAUGGAAGAAAAACGGAUGUCAUUUUGAUGUUUUAUGUGUACUCAUGUCAAAUUCAAGGAUUACUUACAAAAAAAUUGGCAGUUAAACGAAUUUAAAAGUAGUGGCACAUGCAAAUAUUUAACAACAAAAACAGCAGUAAGUUUUUAAAUGUUUAAAAAUUCAACCCCAAAACCUAAGUUUAAUCGGAAUAGAUGAACCUCACAGAUAAUCCUUACACUUACCUUUUGAAUAAAGUCCUAGAUAAUCCUAGAUAAUCCUAGAUAAACCCAAAUACCAAGAGAACCCUAGAUAAUGCUCUAACCUUAUGACUAACACACAAUUAUGAUUCUAAAUUUAAAAGCAAUUUAAAUUUUACACAUGCAAAAUCCAAAGAAAACCACAAAAUCAAAAACCAAACUCAUCGCUAUAUUAAAUAUACUUAUACAUAUAAUUGUACUUGAACUUAUAUAUAGUUAUUGGAAACUAAAUUUAAAUAUUUACCCCCUACUGAUGCUAACCUUAUGGGCAUAUACGAGAACCAUUACUCUCGUAGAAGCUGCAACAAAGAAAAGUCUGUUAAAAGUGUCAUUUUUGUGGUAACCGAAAGCAACUCUAACUUUUUUUAUUUAAAUGAAUUUAGUUGUUAAGUCCAGCAACGUUUUUUAUGCUUAUAAGUUUAGGUAAGAGCCCCCCUGGGCGGGUCCAACUCCCUGGUGCCGGAUGCCAGGGAAAUCCCCCCAAAAAACAAAAUUCAUUUUUGGUACUAUAUACAAGGAUAUGGUAUAGAAAUUUAGCUAGCAUUGGGAACACGGACAUGGGUGUUCGGAUAAAACCCUUUUGGUAUACCUUUUAAUUGUUUAAUUUUAAGUGAAACUAAAAAAAACAACACAACUUUUAUCAAACAAAAUGAAACAUUUAACUGUUAAGAACAAAAUUGUGCUAAAUAAUUUGAUAAGUCACCCCCUCUUCGAUUUGAACCAUUGCGUUAAAACCUUUAUAUUCUCAAAAUAUGAUAUAUAUACUACAUAUAUAGCUGCAUAAUGAAUAAGUUAUAGGUAAUCCACAGAUCUAAAUGUCCCCCUACUGUUGCCUUUCAAAUGUUUGCUCAGAUGCCUCCCAUUGAGUGAGUGUUUGAAAUGGCAUUACCCCAAAGUAUCCUUCCGUAUAACAAAUCACUUGAGCGACGUCUAUAAUAUUAUAUUUUUUUAUAUAUAAGUAUAAAUGAGCCCAGACCAACUCGAUUGAUUUGUUGUAGUCUCAAGAAAAGUCUUUGUUCUAUUUCUUGUAUCCCCAAAAUGCACCACUAGCAAUACCCAUGAUUCUGACACAUAUUUGUGAAACUAUUUACGCUUACGAUUAAUCUAUAUAAAACCGAAAUCAAUUUCAGACCCAUGAUUAAGAU